GAAUCUGUGACUAUGCUUGAUAUGCUUCGAUAACGUCAUUGCCCGUCACUAAAUACCUACACUUUCUGUGCAUGCAGUGCAUGUGCAAGUGUCAGUGUGCAAUGCUGCCCUUGUUGACCAGGAUCCUAGAUUCUCUCAAUGUAGAUUUUUGAAUCUCGAGCUUAUCGACUUCAAAGGCGAGCCUCAAUUUCAUCUACAUAACCUUAAUUAGCUGGGAUCUGUGGCGUCACUUACUACUCAAGAGCGUGACAACUCUAUCGAUUAGAUGCGACUAUGAAGCUGCAAGAGCAAAAACCUACCCAGAGUUUACACAAUCAUUUGUGGGUGUUAUACAAAUGGAGUUGAGAAGGCUGGGACAAUCGCAAGUAUAAAUCGCAUAAGUUGAAGAUGGCGCUCCGUGAGUUGGUAGAGGGUGACUGCAGCGGACCUAGCCCGCUGGUCCGCAUCACAUCCCACUUUGUAGAAGACCGUGGCUUCAAAGAAGAAGGAAUAUUCAAUGGGCUUGCCGCGGAGAAACCCAUUGAAGCUACUACUUCCCAAGAACUCGUUGAGCAGUUUAUGGACGAGAACUCGAUGCAUCCCCAAACGUUCAGGAUGGACAAUUUAAUCCAGGAGAUGAACGACGUUGAACGUCAGAUUCAUUCUCCUAAACUUGCUCCAGGAAUAGUUGUGGAACUAAUUGGAGAGGAUUCUUCCUGGGCCAAUCAGUACGUCGAGUCUGGCCGCCAUUUCGAUGAGAGGCAUGCAGACAACAUUUGGGACAACGCAGCAGAAUCAGCGGUGCCCGAAGAUGUAACAGGCCUCAAUCCACUGGAAACACACGAACUUGGCUUGGAUCCCAAAUGGGCCGAGGAGUAUUUAGAGCAGAGCGUCGAAGGCACGGAGAAGACAGAAAGUGCAUCACCCCCAGACGUGGAGAAGGAAGACCCGAAUUUGGCUUACUCCAAGUUCAUGAAAUUUAUGCACCAAGAGGAAGCCUCGACCGAGUCUGAUCAAGCAUUUGUGACUGACUGUGAAAGACUUAACGAAAAGUGGGCCGAAGAGUUCUCAGCAACCGAAGAGACCGAAAAAGCCAACGAGGAGGAAGGAGUCUUAAACAAGGUUGAAGAACAGCUGGAAGCAGCCGGUAAAUGGGUCGAGGAAUUUUCCAAGGGAUCCACCGCAUCCACUUCGGGAGCUGAAGACUAUGCGUCGAGCUUCUGGACGCGCCUGCAAAAGGAGUGGGAGAAGGCUGCAGUAGAGGGUGACUCCCUGUCGGCACAGCCCUGGCUGUCAGAGUAUGAGAAGUACUACGAUCCGUUCAAGGAAUAUGCCUUUGAAUCUCAGAACCCAAUGGCUGACUUGGCUGAUCCUCUGGCAGAAGGGAAGCGUCGGCUAGAGGAGGGCGACCUGCCUGGGGCUGUACUCUGCUUUGAGGCCGCCAUCAAGAAAAACGACACAGACCCAGAAGCUUGGUUUCUCCUGGGAAGGACUCAAGCAGAGAACGAGCAGGACCCCAUGGCCAUCGUAGCACUCAAACGGUCUCUUACCCUGGACCCAAGCAAUGCGACUGCGCUUAUGGCACUUGCUGUCUCCUACACGAACGAGUCCUACCAGAACCAGGCCUGUGUCACCCUUAGAGAGUGGCUCCUCCGCAACUCGGAAUACCAGCACCUUGUCUCUGCCAGGACUGCACCUUCGACUGCUAUCAAUGUCUCGACAGUCCUCUUCGAUGAGAUUCUUCAGGAAGUCAAGGACCUCUUCAUUCAGGCAGCCAGAAUCAAUCCCCAGGGCCACAUAGACCCAAACGUGCAAUGUGGCCUUGGUGUUCUUUUUAAUUUGUCUAACGAGUACGACAAGGCAGCCGACUGUUUUCGAGCAGCCUUGCAAGUGCGCCCAGAUGACUCGAGGCUAUGGAAUCGACUGGGUGCAACCUUGGCCAAUGGACAAUGCUCCGAGGAAGCUGUUCAGGCAUACCACCGUGCACUGGAGCUGUCUCCUGGGUUCAUUAGGGCCAGAUACAAUCUCGGAAUAACCUGCAUCAAUUUAGGCGCCUAUAAGGAAGCCGGUGAACAUUUACUGGCAGCACUCAACCAGCAAGCGUCAGGUCAUGGGAUUCGAAGUGAAAAUGCCCUCAGGUUGAUGUCGGACACCAUCUGGUCAACUUUAAGAUUAAUCGUUUCAUUGAUGCACAAAUACCACUUAAACGAGGCGAUAGAAAACAGGGACUUGGCGAAGCUAAAUGAGGAGUUCGGCAUGGAUUAAACAGAGUAAGGCAUUAAAGCGACAUACUAAUUAAAUCUGUUAACCGGCAGAGUAGGAAAACAAAUCAUUGUUUUUGUACACUGGUGGAAAUUUAUAUACGGUGAUUAUUUUCAAUAAAGAACAUUUACUUUCA